AGAAAUGCUUAUCUUCUUUAUAUCUUGACUGUCUCACUCUAUCUUCAAGAAACUCCCAAGAAAAGAGAUGAACAAAUAAAUUAAUAAUCCAACGCGGUUGUUGUUAGUGGGGUUAUAUAUGGGUAUGGAUGAUUGAAACAUAUGCAGAACAGAAGUCGUCAUGGUUUUCCGGGAUGACGUUUACAUCUUUUGCCGAGAUUCAAGUGGAAGUCGCUUUUCUUCAUUAUUAUUAGCGGCUCUACUCAGUCGGCAAAUAAAAGUCUUUGAAGAUAUCUCCAACAGUCCCAGACAAAGUGAGCAUGUUGACGUUCUAGCAAUAGACGAAUCCAAGGUUUUAGUGAUUGUCUUCAGUGCUACUUUAAUACAACGUCGACGGUAUUGGAAUUUGAAAAAGCUUGAGACGAUCAUAAAGGGGGAAAGAACCGCCGGACAAGUUAUCAUACCGGUGUUCCUUGACACAGAGCCUUGCCAUGUAGUAGCCGAUGAAGUCUUCGCUAGAUUUAAAAUUGGCAAGGAAGAGGCGGUUAGAUGGGUCGAUGCUGUAACCAAAAUUGCUGCGCUACCUGGCCGGAUGUAUGCAAGGGAUGAGAGCGUGUUUGUGGAGAAGAUUUUUCUCAAAGUCAUGAAGAUUGUGAAGCCUAACAAGCCGAUAGUGAAAAAUAGAAGCCGGUGUUCCAUUGCAAUGACCUUCCUCGUCAUCAUCAAUUUGCUCGUGAGAUUGCUUCAGUGGUUGCGGACCGGUGUUCUUUCGUUGGCAAGCCUUACUUCGCAAGACUCUCUUUAGCAAUGGCAAUUGUUUCUGUUGUCCUCUCCAUCAUUGACCUCACUUACAAAAUCCGAGUCCAUAAACUUUGUUUCCGUUGCAAGUGGCCUAUACCUUGGUUCUACUAUCCAUCACGUGGCUACAACAGAAUCUUCGCAAGUUUCUCGGAUACGGUCUUAUUGUUCUGUGGCGUUGGUCAGCUACUAGUGUCGUCGAUCAAUUGGGGUUUUGUCGAGAAAAAACGCCGUGAGGGUCCUAUCAACGUAUCAGUGACGGCACUCUUCUUUGCUAUCGGUAUGGUAAUCUCCAAGUUCUUGGAGAAGCCGGGCAGCCAUUUGAAGGACAACUGACUCUAACAAAAAUGUCUUGAUUGUUUUAACAGUAGUUUUUCUUAGCACAAGACAUUGCCAAAAGUGUGAUCAGUUUGGCUUCCACUCUUGCAUUGAAAGAAGAAUUAAGGGUUUAGUCUUUUAUUUCCUUCCCCUUUUGAUUUGGUUUGCUCUGUUCUGCGUUUAGUCUUUUAAAAAUUUACCUACAAUAUACUGAAGUACCAAUCAAACCCA